UGUUCCGGUAAACGCGACGCGGAGCAAGAGAAGGAAGCUCAAGCUUGGAUCGAAGCAGUCACCGGACGUCCAUUUCCUGCUGGAGUUGCUUAUGAAGACGUCCUGAGAGACGGCAUCGUUUUGUGCCAACUGAUGAAUAGAUUAUCACCUGGAAUCAUCUCGAAGGUGAACACCAGCGGGGGCGACUAUAAAAUGAUGGAUAAUCUCAACCAAUUCCAACAAGCUUGUACGAAAUAUGGCGUUCCAGACGUCGAUCUGUUCCAAACGACGGAUCUCUGGGACAAGAAAAACAUCGCCUUGGUGACCACUACAAUCUUUGCCAUCGGCAGGACAGCCCACAAACACCCAGAAUGGAGAGGACCAACCUUGGGGCCAAAACCUUCCGAAGAAAACAGACGAGAAUUCUCCGAACAACAGCUGCGAGCCGGGGAAGCUAUCAUCGGUCUUCAGGCUGGGCAAAACAGGGGAGCUACCCAGGCAGGUCAAAACUUCGGAGCCUCCAGGAAGAUUAUUUUGGGAAAGUGAAAAUGGGUGAAAAUUGAUUAUUUCUUGGUUAUAACAUUUGGAAUUUUGCAUAAAUUAUUUUAAUAAUUAAUAAAUUCACUAAACUGUC